AUGGGCUGCGGCAACUGGGGAACGGCUUCGAGCAAACUCAUUGCGGAGAACGCUGCGAGACACCCCGAAUUCGACAACACUGUACGCCUGUGGGUGCUCGAGGAAGUCUUCGAGGGCCGCAAGCUCAGCGAGAUCAUCAACACGGACCACGAGAACAAGAAGUACCUGCCUGGAAUCAAGCUGCCUCACAACCUGGUCGGUGUACCUGACAUGAAGGAGUGCGUCCAGGAGUCUGACACCUUCAUCAUUGUGCUCCCUCACCAGUUCGUCAAGUCCACCGUUAGGAAGAUGAAGGAAAUGGGUCCCAUCAAGCCUGGUUCCAUCUGCAUCAGUCUCGUCAAGGGUAUCGAGCUUACCGGACGCGAUGUGGUGUGCUUCACCGAGACCAUCGAGCAGGAGCUUGGUAUCCCAUGCCUCGCCCUUUCCGGUGCCAACGUUGCCACCAACGUCGCCAAGGAAGAGUUCAGUGAGGCCACCAUUGGAUACAAGGAAAAGGAGCACGCCCUCAUCUUCCAGAAGCUCUUCGACAGGCCUUACUUCAAGAUCAACUGCGUACCCGGUGUUGCCGCUGUCCAGGUGUUCGGCGCCAUCAAGAACGUCGUUGCCAUUUCCGCCGGUUUCUGUGACGGUUUGGGGCUCGGAUCUAACACUAAGGCUGCCAUCAUGAGGCUGGGACUCAACGAGAUCUGCAAAUUCGCCAACAAAUUCUUCAGCGAGGACUGCAACAAGGUCGUGUUCGAGAGUGCCGGUGUCGCUGACCUGAUCACCACCUGCAUCGGUGGUAGGAACGUCCGCUGUGCCGCCGAGUUUGCGAAGCACCAAGGAAAGAAAUCGUGGACCGACAUCGAAAACGAGAUGUUGGGUGGACAGAAGCUCCAGGGAACUUCCACGGCCGAAGAAGUCUACAACGUUCUCAAGGCAAACGGAAUUGAAGCUGAAUUCCCCUUGUUCGUUAUUACCUACAAGAUCGCCUACGAAGGUGCCGACCCCGCCGACCUCAUCCGCCAGUUUUCCGUCGAAGCCAUCACUCCCUUCUGA